AUAUAUAUAAACACAAUUUUCAUUUGAAAAUAAAUCGUUCAUAGGUGUAAAAUUCAUUCAUUUGUCAUGUAAAAUCAAAAUAACAUACAAAUACAUUGAAAUACACAACAAUUUGAUGUAAAUUGAUGAGAGAAGUCAUCAUAAAUGAUACAAAUUUGAGGUUAUAAUACAAACAAUAUCAAUAAAACACAGUGUUGACAGAAUCAGUCAAUGACAGAUUGAUUUGCAUAUCGGCAACUUGCUUUUUCUUAAUACCUUCGUGUUGCAGUCGCGCCAUUUUAGUAUACUGAGAACCAUCGAUGCAAUCAUUUUAAUUCACACAUAGUGAAACUGAUGAAGUAUUUUGUAAUAAUUGUCCUAAACUAUAAUCGAACUGUGACCAAUUAGUAAACGUCUUUGUGAAUCGUCCAAUAUUGUCCAAUUUUUAUACUUUUGAAUAAAUACUGCCGUUCAGUAGAAAAUGGGAAUCAAAGGUUUUGAAAAAUACAUCAUAUCAAACGUUCACAAGGGGUUCGUCGAACAAAUUAACAUUCGUGCUGAAAUUCGAAAAUGGCGAGAAGAGCAUGGCAGAGACCCAACAAUUAUCAUCGACUUGAAAGAGUUGAACCGAGUGCUCGGUGACCGAGUCAAUCGACAUCAAACGUUCGAAAUGGCUCUGUUCAAUGGUGGUCGAUACCAAAAGUUUAAUGAAAUUUUGGAGUACUUUUUUGGCGAGAUGAAAAUUUCCGGUGCCAAUUUGGUAUUCAUCGCCAGAUUGGAUGAAGGUAAAUACAAAGAUGUUAAGGCAUUUAAAUCGUCAUCAGCGCGCCCGAACGAACGCAUGUUAUUCAAUAUGUUGCAUUCGAUUUGUUCGAAAUUUGGUGAGGUGCAUGUUUCUUAUGGUUUGAAGAAGUGCGCCAUAGUGGCAUAUGUCCACCAGCAUCGAGACAACAUCAUGGCGUUAAUCACUCGUGAUACGAAUUUUUUGGUGUUCAGCGAUGUUUAUGAACUUUGGAGCCUAAAUGAAGUUGACUUUCGGUAUUUGAAAAUCGCAAGAUUCGAUCGCAACCGUAUCUAUCGCGAUCUGAAUUUGAAUGCUCAACAAAUGCACCUGAUGUUGGCCAUUAAUGAACUCCAGCCAAGUACGAAACGUAAACUGGUCGGAGACAGAGAUGGAAAAUUGCCUGCUUUGGUUAACUACGUGAGACCAUUGCAACUUCGACGUAAUGGUUAUGACAUCAAUCUGCUCACUGCCAACGCCGAUCUGAAUGAAGAUGAGCGAAAUGAGCUAGAAGUUGAAAUAGCCCAUAUGCUGAGCGUUAUCAACUACUCCGACAAUUUCAAUGAAGACAUUUACGAGGGACUGAUUCUGGACUUGGUGAACAAUGACGAAUCGUUCAAUAGACUGUUGCAAUUAUUCAAAGAGAAUAUUUACUUUGCAUACAAAUUGAUGAACGAAACGUCCACUGUUCAAAAAGAUUUGCUACUCAUUGAUAUUUGUCGCCCGGAUGCAAUGCCAUUCAUUGACUUGGUAAUCAAUGUGACGAUGCGGAUGUGUGGCGUCAUUUUCAUGGAUGUCGAAGAAGAUAAACAACCAAAAACUCGAUCGGUUAAAUUCCAACGGGUUCGUGGUGAACCAGCUGUUCAAUCGGAAAUGGAAAUCAUUUAUCCACCGAUGCAAAUGACAAGUUUGAUCGAACUCAUUGUGGAAGAGGACUGUAAAUCAGUCGAUUGGUGUCGUUGGUAUCUUCUGCGUUGGUUGCUCGACGUGCCCAAAGCACCAAUAACCAAGAUAGAAACGUCACAAUCUUCAAAAUACAUGCGAAUUGCCACAUUGACGCUGGAUUUCCUGAAACAUCAUGGAAUAAUAAGAGGCCGUGAAGCAAACGCUAUUCUGGAAGUCGAAUCGAGUGUCCAAAGUGCGACGAAUCCACGGACCAGCCGCACGCCACCACCGAAACCGCAGUGGAAAUGGGACGAUGCAGAUGCUUCAUGGGUUCAAAUAGCACACAAAUACACCAUCACCUUCGAGCUCAUUUGCCACUGUCUCGAAGUUUGCGGCCUACGAAAUGAAACGGCCCUCAUUCAGUUCGAUGCAUAUGAGCUAUAUGCACGCCGUGCAUAGUACGGAAAAUGACACAACACCAUGGUGAGGCGAUUUAAAAACGAUCGUGGAUCGAUUGCAGGACUUAUUUUCAUUAAAUAACCAAUUUUCAAGUCGAAAAUGUCGCUGCUUAGAUUAAGUAAUUAAAGAUAAUGAUUAAGACGAAAAGAUAAAGAAAACUCAGAAGAUUAGAAUCUCAAAACAUUCAUUACAUUCAAAGUCCACCCAAAUUUGAUUUUAGACUAUCAUAGACAAUGAUACUUUUAGUAAAUUUGGUUAGGUAAUAUGACUAAUAUUACUUUCAAGAAACAAAACUUGUUUUUGCUCAAGAGAGAAAAAAAAAACAAAGAUCCAAUGUAAACAAUGUAAUGAUUUAAUGCAAACAAACAGUGUUUGUUAGCUCUGUCAUUUUUAGGUUUUUGUGUCACAUACAGAAAAUAUUGACCACA